AGGAUCAAAUGCCAUAGCAGUUCUCACAACAAGAUGUUCACCUCCUCCACCUCCUCCUGCCUCCGGGUGCGAUGGUGGCGGCUGCGACCCUCAGUUGGGGCAGCCUGAUCCGGCAUGCGAUGCUGGAGACCUCGCAGUACUACUGGCAUGGCCAGGACGCGCCAGAGCCUCGGUGGAGCACCGUGUGCGGUGGCCCUGGCGAUGUCUGCGACAGCUUCGGCCCGGGCAGCGGCUUCUGCCUGGUGCAGUCGGUCAGCCGCACCGCGGCGGCGGGCGGCCAGGUCCUGUACGGCGCCUCCGGCGAGGGCCUCUCCCCCGAGGACGUGGCCCGGCGGUCGUCGGGCCCCUCGGUGGUGCUGCUGUCCUCGAACUGCCGCGUCCUGCGCUCCGGCCUGGAGUCGGCCGGGGGCGGCGGCAACUCGAGCGAGGACGGCGAGUCCCCGAAGGCGCAGCUGUUGCACUGCCCCAGGGACGUGCCGGUGUCGGUGCUGACCAUCAGCGGGGCGGCUGGGGCGGACCGCCGCCGAUGGCCGGAGGGCCCGCCGAGCUCCAAGAAGUUCCCCAUCCCCUCCGCCGCCUCAAAAGAGCUCCUCCUCCUCCUUCUCCUCCUCCUUCUCCUCCCUCCCUCCCUCCCUCCCUCCCACCCCCCGUCCCUCCCUCCUUCCCUCCUCC